AUGAAUGGCAAUGGACAUUACAACGAUAAAACUCCACAGAAUGGCACGGUUCCGCAUUCGGCAGCGGAAUCGGAAUGCAGCGAGUCGAACUUUAACCACCUGUCCUGCAUGGGACGCCUGUCUUACCACGUGUCGAUGGCGAUUGGGAAAUUUUUCUACAGACUCGGGUACUGGAUUGCCAACAAUGCCUGGAAAACGAUCGGAUUAUGCUGGCUGCUGGUGGCCCUGUGCAGCAUCGGUUUCAUUCGAUUCCACAAAGAGAAGAGCCCGAUGAAGCUCUGGAUACCGCAAGGAUCAAAGUUCCAGCACGAUACCAACUGGCUAAUAGAGCACUUUCAGGAGGGAAAUCGCAUUGAAUCGGUCAUGAUAACCGCACCGGACGUUCUAGUUCCAGAAGUUUUACAGACACUUGCCAGUAUCACAGAGGAAGUGGAGAGUUUCAAGUUCCACAACAGCGAGGGACAACAGCUGGGAUGGACGGACGUUUGUCACAAAGUGCCUUUGAUCGCGGAGUAUACGGCGGAUGGUGACCGUAAAAAAACCACCUCCCAGGAUUUAGUGGAGUCAGAAGAAACGACACGUCGGCCAAAGAAAAGCAAACCACUUUUCACGCCCGUCGUCGAUGUGCCUUCAUUCCUGUUUUGUCCCAUGGUUGAGCGCCUUGCAAUGGGUUGCUACGGGAGCAGCUUGCUGGAGUUGUGGAAGUACGACCGGUCCGUGAUUGCGGGCCUUUCGAAGGAAGCGAUCGUGGACAAGUUGAACCGGACUACCAUAAGUCCUACGACUGGGCACACUGUGCAGUUUGCGGAGCUGCUGGGUGACGUGAAGCGAGACUGGAACGGCCGGAUAAUUUCCGCCGGAUCGCUUGUUACGCACUGGUUUGUGCAUGUAAAUUUCUCCGAGGUUGACUCGGAUGUCAGUGGCAACGCGGCUGGUACGGAGGACUGGGUCACGGAGAACGCCGUGUUGUGGGAGGAGAAGUUCCUGAAGAUCGUCGCCAAAGUCAAGCGGGAACUAUCGAACAACGAGACGGACAUCUACUACGCGGCCGGCAGGAGCUACGGAGACAUCAGCGAAGAAUCGAUGUUCAAGGAUAUGGAUAAACUGAUCUACGGAGGAAUGGUCAUGUUCGUGUACAUGCAGCUGGUGCUUUCCAAAUUUAGUUGGACCGAGUUCCGGGUCAUCCUCGGAUCCGUGGGACUGAUGAGCGUAGGGAUGGGUUUCAUUUCCGGGUGUGGCAUAGUUGCGGCACUCGGAGUGUCCUACGGCCCGGUGCACACAUCGCUGCCAUUCCUGUUGAUGGGUCUCGGCGUCGACGAUAUGUUUGUCAUGAUGGCCUGCUACAGAAAGGUGCGCAAGGCAAACCCUGAUCUUCCGCUGGCAGAGCGCAUGGGGUUGAUGCUGCAGCAUGCUGGCGCUUCGAUAACGGUUACCUCGCUGACCGAUAUUGUUGCUUUCAUAGUCGGUUCGAUUACGGUCAUUCCGUCCUUGCAGUCGUUUUGCAUCUAUGCGGCAGCCGGCGUGUUCAUGAUGUUCACCUUCGUAAUCACCUUUUUCGUUGCCAUAUUCACACUGGAUGAGAUCCGGAUCGCCAGCCGGCGUAACUCCUUUUUGCUGUGGGUGGUGCACGACGAAAAAUCUACCUCACUAUGGUGCGAGUACAAUUUAAUGCAUCGUUUCAUCAAUAUGCUCUACUCAAAGAUUCUGCUUACGAAAGUCGGCAAAACGGUUGUCAUACUGGCGGUGGUACUGAUGACGACGGCGAAUGUGCGCAGUUUACUGAAGCUGCGUCAAAAGUUCGAUCCCAACUGGUUCAUUCCGGAAGAAACGUACUACAAUCAGUUCGUGGUAAAGACUAUUGAACACUAUCCUAACGCAGGCUACGAAGCGCUGCUGUUGUUUGGCAAUCUCAACUAUACCGCCGAACUUCCCAAUCUGAUAAGCGUUACGCACCAGCUUGAAAACCGAACCGACAUACUACACAGCGUAAGCUCGUGGGUGACCUCAUUUCAGGACUUUGUAUACACCCAUUACGACAAGGACGUUGCCGUAGAUACGCUUAGUGAUAGCGAUUUUCGAAAGUACUUGACAAAGUUCCUCUACAGCUACGAAGGCGGUCGGUAUCAGAUGAAUAUAAAGUUCGCUUCUAAGCUAAAGUGUGGACAACCUGCCCCGAAUAUUACCGUUACGACGAUGGAUUUCGAGUUCAAACCGUUCAAGGAACGCGAAGAAUACUUACCGGCAAAGUACGCAGUUGAGGACAUUCUGGAGAAAAGUAACAUCAGUACAGGCGAUCACUAUCGCACAUUGUGGGCCAAAAUAUUCGGCAAUUGGGUGACGGACGAGAUCAUAGACACGGAGAUCUACCGGAACAUUUCGCUUGCGUUAAUUGGUGUCAUGUUCUGUUCGGUGGUGCUGAUAGUAAACCUACAAAUUUGCUUCUGGAUCUUCAUCUGCGUGCUGCUAACGCUGGUCAACGUCGGUGGACUGAUGCAGGUUUGGGGACUAACGCUGGAUUUGGUGUCUUGUAUAGCGUUGCAGCUUGCCGUUGGACUGUGUGUCGACUAUGCGGCACAUAUUGGUCACACUUUUCUUACUAUCAACAAAGGUGACCGAAAUCGUCGAAGUCUGGAGACGGUUCUGCACAUCGGGGCGGCCGUUUUUUACGGCGGUGGCUCAACAAUUCUAUCGCUUUCAAUACUCUCCGGGUCACAGGCUUACACAUAUAGGACUUUUUUCAAAAUUUUCCUUCUCGUAAUCGCCUACGGACUGUUUCAUGGUACGAUCCUACUUCCUGUGAUACUAAGCCUGAUAGGUCCUGCACCCUACAGUGGAUCAUUGAACAGCCUGAACACAAUCAACAACAACCCAAGUCCUUCGAGCAAAGUAUGUCGGGAUGGUACCGAAAUGAUUUCGUUUAUCGGAGAACAAAAACCUAACUUGAAUGGCUCGGAGUUUUAAAGCGUCCUGAUUAGAGUGUAAGCUCAAACUCAAACGAACGUAAUGUAGUUCCGCGGAAAGCAACAAUUACGAGAAACAGUUUGGUGACCAAACAAUUCUGGGGAAUCCAGUGGUGGUCCAUCUUGCUGCAUGACUAUAAAUGUGAUUUAUCAUGU